GUAAUGUUGGAGGAGCUGGGCUGGGCAGCCGGUUUACAGGGACAGCAGCAGCAGCUCCGUUCAUAAUCCUCUACAUAUCGGAUGCUGAUUGUCCGUAUAGCACCUGAGUGUGCGUAAAGGACGAGAGAUCGUUAAGGAUCAAUACGCUUCAGAUGACAAAUCGUGGUGUGGUGCUGGAUUUGGUGACCAGGCGACUUUGCUGAGCAAUUCAAUUUGGGAGUUUAGUAGGAUGCCUGGAUUUCUGUAAACUGUUAGUGGAUUUUUACACUCGUAGUUCUUCUUUCUUGUUGUUUGCUGCACUACAGGGAGAGAUGUGGGAGGCGUGUCAGUGUCCUCGGGUGAUACCUCAAAUAGCUACUGUGCAUGUGACACAAACACACACUCUCAUACACAGAUGUUGAAGUCAUUUUCUCUCUGUAAUUGUAUGAAGCAGCAUGCCUUAUUCACGCCUGUUAGCACUGUAAGAAGGUAUCUUUUUGUUGACUCGUAAAUAGACUCAUAGAUAGCAAGAUAGAUAGACAGACAGAUAGAUAACUGCAAUCUAACACUGUUCUUGUUUUCAGCAGGAUGCAUUAAGUGUCAAAGGUGAGCUAGUGAGGCAGAGAUGAGUCUGACUUCCUGGUUCCUGGUGAGCAGCGGGGGGACGCGUCAUCGUCUCCCCAGGGAGAUGAUCUUUGUGGGGAGGGACGACUGUGAGCUCAUGCUGCAGUCCCGCAGUGUGGACAAACAGCACGCCGUCAUCAACUAUGAGCCGAAUACAGACGAACAUAAAGUUAAGGACCUGGGCAGCUUAAAUGGGACAUUUGUCAAUGAUGUCAGAAUCCAGGAGCAAAUCUAUGUCACACUGAAGAUGGAUGACAAAUUAAGGUUUGGGUAUGAUACCAACCUGUUCACUGUGGUUCGGGGGGAGAUGCAUAUUCCAGAGGAGGCCCUCAAGCAUGAGAAGUUCAGCAGCCAGCUUCAGCUGAACCAGAAGAAACCUCCAGAAGGGGAAUCGUCUAAAUGUGAGGUGAAACCCUCCGAGGCAGCAGCAGCACCGGUGUGUGAGGGGGCCGCCGCCAAGCCCCCCGAGGCCAACAGGGUGGAUGAUAAGGCGACAGUUGACCUAGCAUUGUUGCACAGAGGCACGCCCCUCUAUGGCCAGCCUGCCUGGUGGGGAGAUGGAGACGCUGAUGACCAGCAACCAGGGAGACCUGAGGAAAAGAGCUCAGAUCGGAAGCGAGAAAAAGCUGAAACAGACACCAAGAAAAGUACAGAGGUCCCAAAGUCUGCCCCGCAAACAGCUUCCAAUCAGGAGCCUAGCUACUUUGAGAUCCCAACGAAGGAUACUUCCUCAGCAGGUAAAGAGAGCGGUGAAGCCCCCUCGCGAGAACAAGAGGCUGGUGCAUCUUCUGGUGCAGAGCCCACCCAUGGCCACGCCUCCUUCACUAUUGAGUUUGACCCUGGGGCGACAGGUAAAGUGACUGUCAAAGAUCGAGUGGCGAAGGUGGGACCAGAGACCAGGCCGCGUCCUAAAAGGGCUGUCGGGGAGGAGCUAAGUCCACUUCAGACAGCCAUGGUAGCUGCGGAGGUCAAAGUUGCUGACUGGCUGGCUCAGAAUGAGCUGCCGUUGGCUCUGAAAGACACGGCUGCUGAGGAUGAUGGGGAAAGUGUGAAGAGUGAUGUGCCUGUGCAACUGAAGAGUCUUAAAGGCAGUAAACAUGAGGACGGUACUCAGAGUGACUCAGAGAACGCACUUGGAGAGCAGCGCAGGGCCGUGGCAAUGGAGGAACGCUCGUGGGGGCUUUGGGACGGUGCAGGGAUGAAGAUCAGAGAGGGUCGUGCUAACGUACCAGAGGGGCUCUUCGCAGAGGAGGACAGUCCUGCUCGUCGUCGCAAGUCUUCGACUUCCAAAGUGGCAAGUGGAUUCGUGGAGAGGCGACGUGGAGAGGCACCACAUCAGCAGAGUGGCCGUGAUGAGUGCUAUCACCAUGGGGAUGAUUAUAGUGACAGAGGGACCUAUACCAUUGAGCUGGAGAAUGGAGAUCAUGAAGAGGAGGAGGCUAGGAAAAUGAUCGACAAGGUGUUUGGUGUGGAUGAGCAGGAGGCUGUGUGUGUGUCCAGGUUGGGGGGUGCUGACAAAAGAGAGACGCUCACCUCACAGAGGUCUGGCACCAGAGACAGAGGAAAGCCUGGACGCAUGGAGACAGAGGUACUACGUGAGGAAUUGGUGGUGGGUGGCCCUCGCUGGGUCUCGCAGUGGGCUACUCUGGCUGCCAGUCACAUUAGGACAGACCCUGAGGGAUCAGGAGGGGAGAGUCACAUCAUGGUCACAGAGGACAGAGCUGAAAUAAGUGAGUCCAGCCACUCAGCCUCCUUUGCCUCGUCUGGCUACACAGAGCGUAAGAGGAGAACUCUGCCCCAGCUACCUGGUGAGGAGCUCGCCCUAGGAAGGAGGACCCCAGGCUCAGGCCUGCGUACAGAUAUGGGGGAGAAACAGGACACAGAGCUACAGGAGAAGGACAACCAGGGGGAGAAGAUGGCCAGGGGAAAGAAUCGGCCUGGUCAUGGCACUGGAGGUGUGGGCGGUGGUAGCCCCAGUCGCUCCUCACCAGCCAAGUCGCAGGAUAGUGGUGGCGGGAGGUCAGGCCAGUCAGGUGUGUUGGCCAAGCUCCCCCCUCGUCCACUGACCAGUGGGGAGAAAAGAAUGGAGGAGGCACGGAGAAGGAAAAAGGAGGAGGAGAAGGCUAGGGAAAGUAGUGGCAAACCAUUAUUGAGGCAAGAGAGUUUUACUGUGGAGAAACCAAGCUCCAGCGUGCCCAUUGAGCUCAUACCUCGCAUCGAUGGGCUCACACGCAGCAGAACUCAGAGUAGGGAGACUGGCAUUGACAGCACCACACUGCAGAAAGACUCAGAAGCUGUGGCAGCCUUUUUAGAGACAACCAUAUCAGACCAAGGUGACCCACCAAGUCAGUCUAUUGAAGGCUCCAUGUCACCAGAGUCAGAUGUAGACACGACCAGCACAGUAAGCCAGGCUGACGGAGCGAGAAAAGUAGUCCAGAAACGCCGGACUCUUGCAGGACAGCUGAAGGAGAGAACUGUAGUGUGCUCAUCCAGCAAAGGCCCCGCUGGAGCCCGAGAGAACCAGGACAGAAGGGUCAAGACCAGGGCAUCUGGUCCUCUGCAGCCCAGCCGCCCCUGGACUUCCCAGGACCUCACUGACGAUGACGUCAACUCCAACUCUCUCCUGUCUGACUCCCAGCCCACCUCUACACAGGAAUCUAGAAGCUCACAUGCCAGAGCCCAGACUGUGGGGGCUAGCACCAAGUCUAGUCGGGCUAAAAUCACCCAGGCCCAAGCCUCUUCUGCAGCCAGUAAAACCACCAGUGUUUCCAAGCCCAGGCCCACCAGGGCGUCCUUGCUGAGGCGAGCCAGGCUGGGGGACUCAUCAGACACUGAACCUGCUGAUCUUGACCGGAUGUCGGUAGCCUCUGAGGCCUCCACCGCUAGUUCCACAUCCAGGACAGGUAUGGCAAGAAGGGGAAUGUCCAGGAUAGAGGCUCUGGCACAGCCGAGGAGGCCGAGGGUGGGCUCCCCGUCCGCCCAGAGUGACUCAGAGGCCACUGUGACAAGGAGUAGAGGUCUGGGGGCCCGGAGUGCUGCAGGUGAUUAUGCCAUCAGACAAGGACUGAGAGGGUCUAAUGUGACCUCAGUGUCUGGACCCAGAGCUAGGGCUAACAGCGCCUCCAAGCUGCCUGACAAGAAUAAAGGCACCUCCUCCUUUGGACAUGUCACACCUGUGUCCGGCACUCGGUGGCGCCGCGUACCUGUUGAGUAUGCCUCUACCUCAGAGGACGAGUAUGGCUCAAACCGCCACAUAUCCAAGCAGGGCCAAACACGGCCGUUCCCUUCCACUCGGGUAGCCCAGCUAGGUGGUUCAGCCCCUGCAACUCCUAAUCCUGCAGGCUUGGCUGCCCUGAAGCAGCACUCCAGGGAACAGGACGAGUAUAUGAGAGACUGGACAGCCCACAGCGAGGAAAUAGCCAGGAUUAGCCAAGACCUUGCCAAAGAUCUAGCCAUGCUUGCCAGAGAAAUUCAUGAUGUGGCAGGAGAGAUCGACUCAGUCAGCCCUGCAGCCACAGACCCUGGAGCUCUGUUGGAGGAGCGUGUAUUUGAUGACAGCUUGGACGUGGGUGGUCCUUCUGCAGAGCACAGCAGCAUUAUGGAAACUAAUGGGCGGUCUGUGGAGCUUCGACCCCGAGGCUCAAGUGGACAGAGCUCCCGCUCCAUCCGCAGACAGACAUGGAAUAAAGACGAUGCAGUGCUAGACAGUUUACUACUAGCAUCUGUGACUCAACUCUCCUCUAGGAUACGUCAGUCUGUUGACAAAACAACCUGCAAAAUCAGGAUCCUCUUCAAGGAUAAAGAACGAAAAUGGGAAGAGAUUGAGAACAAACUGCAGGCAGAGCAUGACUCCUUAUUACUCAAGAGCUCCAAUAAGGAGAUUUCAACCAUUAUUCAAGAUCUAAAGAGAGUGGAAAGGCAGCUGCUUGUAAUCGACAUGAUGGUGGACCCAGACGGUACCCUGGAUGCUCUGUCCAAUCUGGGCCUGACCAGCCCUCUGACUGACCAGAAGAUCAGCCCUGGGACAUUGCAGGGGGCAUCGGUGUUGCACCCUGGAGCUGAAGCUUCCUCCAGCACACUCUCCUCCUCCAGGCCUGAAGGACUGGCCACUGAACCCUGUGGACAUUCAGACCAUGCAGAGGUGGCAGAGUGAGAUUCAGGGCCCCAAAAGAGCUCUAGAUCCUACAACUGAUACACCAAGGAUAUAAUUCACAAUGCAUCCUUUAUGUUGGACAUAUCCUGAAGCUCUUGGAAGCAGAUAGUGAUGUGAGUUUAGAAUAUUUUUAAGUAUUUGGUUUCAGAUGAAAGAGGAAAGAGGGAGGAGAAUGAUGCUUAUUCUGUGGGAAAGCCUGACUGCCCUAACUGUCUAACUGAAUCAUGAUAGGACUUUGUAAAAGUCCAACGCUACCAAAUAGCAGCUCUUGGGGUGUCAGAUAUACAAUAUGAAAACAUUACUGUAUUAAUUGGUGGGCUUAUGAAGAAGCUAUAACAUAAUAUACAGUAACCCAUAUGUGUUUUUGUGUUGCAGCUCAUUCUUAUUAUCUAUUAUCCUUAAAAAAAACAGUUAAAAAAAGAACAGAUGUAAAAGAUGAGAGGAUGUGAUGUUAAAGAUAAACAUUUCAAAUCCCAGCUUAGAUUAUUUUACUGUGUUUUGUUCUUAAAUCAGAGCAUCUCUGACUUUUACAAAAAGUAAAACUCAGUCUUUCCAUUUAAUUACAAGCCUUGAAAUCUUUGUGUUCGAAUCAUAAGCUUGUCAGUCAGCUGACCUAAGGCCAAUGCAGAAACCCAAACUAGAAAGGGGCAGUGGUGUCAAAAAAAAUAUUAUUCAACAGAGAUGUAUGUGAAAAGUGUUCUUCUAUCCUGCCAUAUAAUUAUUUAUAAAAAAUAAUAUAUUGUUGGCCUAUUGCAAUUGCAAUCCCCAAACCUGUCUCAGUAAUGAUUUUCCAUCAGAAAAGGCCACGUUGCUUAUUUGCUAGGAAAAGAACUGGGUAUGUACAGUAUGUUCCAGUGUAAAUGUUUAUUAUAGUUAAAUGAAAAACUCCCAUCCAUGCCUUUUUUCUUGUGGCGAUGUCAUUUGAAACCAGUGUAUCAAAGAUAGACCAUGUGUGUUAAUGGAAACUAUAAAAUCAAAUGUAGCUCCCAGAAAGGUUUUCCUCUUCCAAAUGUAUUUUGUCACAAGUGCCCUGGAUCAAACAAUCAUUACAGUUGGAGAUAAGAGAUGCUACAGUGGCUUUUUUUGCACAUUAUAAAGCUGAUAUGUUAAUAUUCAUCUCUGAGGGACCAGGAGAUGACGUAUCCCCAUGAUGCUCCUUUAUCAUGUUGAUGUCCUCGACCAAAAACAAAGCAGGGUGAAAGCCGGCUGCCUGUAGAUGAAUGGUUUGUCAAAUUAUUUUCUGAUCACAAACAAAAUGUUGUGUUUGAACCAGCAUAGACAGGGGCUACCUCCAAGUCCUGCAGCUAGCGAUGCAAUGGAAGGAUGGACACUGUAAUGACUGUAAGUUUUCCAAUGUCUUGCCUCAUACCAAUGUUUACAUAUGAAUGUAACCUGAUCAGAACUGUUGAAAAAUUUUAGCCAAAACAACUUUAAUAACAAUUAUUAAUUGCAUUUUGUCUUUAAUUCUGUUUGAGCAUUUUGAGAUUUUUUGUUUGGAUGUUUUGUAUGAAGUUUUUUUUUCUUUGUAAUGAUGUUAGGUUAAAUGUUGACCUUGCAAUACCUGUGUAUUGUGUGUCUCAUUUCCAAUAAAAUGCAUGAUACUCAUGA